AUGGCGCGGACUUUCCAAACAGCGGAAGGCGCCUGUAACAAAAUUAUGGGAAGGCGCGAAAACCCCUAUACAGGUCGGCAGGCGUUACAAUCUCCCAACAUUAAAUUACGGUACAAUAGAGGCGCUCUUCUCUCUGCGCCCCUUGCAUCCUCCCAUCAACCGCACCGCUCUCCAGCAGAACGAUAUCCUAUGUUACCAAAAGCAUUAGACUUUCGGCUCGGGCCGACCCCUACACCAUUGGCACCUCCAGCGAAGAGAGUUCCUCCGUAUGUACCCACGCAACACAAGACUGCCAGAUCCACCGCACCACAAGGCUACCAAAUUUACUCCGUUCACCAUCCGAACAACCAUGAACAUGAUAACAACGGAGAUGACAUGUCUGGUGCAAUCGCUGAGCCGAAGUCGAUGAAGCAGAGAGAGUUGAAGGAAACAAAGGAAGAGAAAACGGAGAAUGAGAAGUCACCCGUGGAGAAUGCGAGGGCACGGGCUGGACGGAGUUUUUCGAAAGUAUCAGUCGAUGAUUGGAGUGUUGACUCUCCCGAAGAGGAGAAUGCGGGAGGCGAGGAAGCCAAGCGAAGAUAG